GUAAAAACGCACAAGACACUUUGUUUUUCCUUCUUUCUAUUCACAAAUAUAUUCUCUACUGUUACACUCUUCUAACUUGUUAAACUUGAAACUCUUCCUCCUCCUUCCUUCCUCUUUAACAUGAAUGACAACACUUGUUUGUGUUAUUUCCAUCCAAAAGAAGUAGUAAUCGGAGUAUGUGCUUUGUGCUUGAAUGAAAGGCUUCUAAUCUUGGCUUCUAAGCAAGAAAAGAAGAAGAAGAUUAACAUUAUUAAUCUGCAGGGAAAGAGAGAUUACAGGAGCUUCUUGAGAGAAAAGAAGAAGAAGAUUAAUAUUAAUGAUGAUGAAGAAGAGCAUAAUCAUCAUCAUUCAAGAAUUCAUUAUCUGCCAAAGAUGUUUGCUUUGAGCUCUCUUUUCAAUCGCCUUGACAUUAGACAUUCACGCAAAGAGAGUAUUCAUGAUAAUGGUGAUAUUGAUGUUUCUUCCACUUGCAGUUAUGAAGAUUCGUUUAUAUCAAUAAAGUUUGAAAAUAAUGGAGUAGGCUCAUGGGAGAAGGGAGCAGUUGGCACAGUGCCAAAGGUGUCACUUAAGCAUUGUGACAAUAUGUCUUGGACCAAAGGGUCCAACAAAGGUGCAGUAAUAGAGCAUGUUGCAAAGCCACGUAUGCAGCUUAGAUGGCGAAAGCGGAUUGGUCACAUCUUCCACCUCAUCAGAUUAAAGAGAUCAUCCACCAAAGGUGGUGCUAGUCAUGUUUGCCAUGUGAGCACCAAAUUAGAUGGAGUGAAGGUGAGACAUGGACAUGGAUGGAUAAGAACUCUGACAAAGAGAAGGACCAAAGAAUGAAAUCAUAAUUCAUAUGAAAGCAAAGCAAACACCAAAAGGCCUUGUCUAAGAAAAAAGUAAAAGAAAAAAAGAGAAAAAAAAAAGACAAGCUUUCAUCCACUUACUCUCCUACCUUUUUAAAGUGUGAAUGGAAAUAUAGCUUUUGUGAA